ACAAAAUACUAUAAACAGAGUGAUGUCUUUUGUUUCCAAAGGCAAUAUUCUAGAACUAUGUGAAAAUAGUAACGAAAGUGAGAUAUUUUGUGGCAAAGUUAUCUCUGGGUAAACGCUGCAGCCACAAGUGCUGCUGGAGAGCGUUCUCAGAGCAAACGGGAAAGGGUUAAGAAAAUGGCACACAAACUGGACCUGGGGGAAAUUGCCGGCUCGGAUAAGGUCAAGCUGAAGGCCACAGAGAUGCAGAAGAACACUCUGCCGACCACAGAGACCACAGAGCAGGAGAAGAGGAGUGAAAUUUCCUGAGAGCCUCGAGGAUUCCCUACGCCUGUCAUCUUUGAGCCCCGACUUGAGAUGUGGAGGAAGAGCCAACUGAAAGUUGGAUACGCCCCACAAACCGCACUGUGAACCAAACCUGGGCUCUCCGCACCGUGCCGCCGACCUGUGAGUCUCUGAGGGGCGCUCCAAUGGGACUGCCAAA